AUGACUGACAUAGAUAACUUACGUCGAGCUGAAGUGCAUAUUGCAUAUAGCCUACAACAGCGCCAACCACAAGAACAACAACAAAACAACCUACCUCAAACCAAAAUCACUGCUAAAUGUACUCAUUUGUUGAUUCUACAAUUGAGUGGUAAAACAACAGCGUCAAUUUUCUGUGUGUUGCGCGCGCCGCUUUGCGCGUUGACCACUAAAAAUACAGGCGGCGGCGGUGGUGCGCGCGCAGUCACACUUUGGCGGCCAAGCGCGGCUGAGAAAACAAAUGUGCCAGCGAACGCACAAAACAGCUGGAGCCGCAGGGUACACCAUCGACAAACGCCACGAAUGCGCAUUGAACUUAGCGAGCGGUCAGCGAAUGACGAAGCAAUUAUUAACAUUAAUGACAUUGCUUAUCGUUAUGGUAAUGCUAAUGGUAUUGGUUGGGGUAAUGGUAAUGGCAGUGGUAAUGGUAAUGAUAAUGGUAAUGGUAAUUGUAAUGGUUAUGGUUAUGAUGAUGGUAAUGCUAUUAGUAAGGGUAACGGUUAUGGUAAUGAUAGUGGUAAUGAUAAUGGUAAGAGUAAUAUUAAUUGUAGUGGUUAG